GACCACGUAUAUUUAUCCGCUCCGUGGAAUACGUCAGAUGGCGCCCCCUGGUUGAUCGGCAGGAUCAUGGAAUUCAUUCGUGAACCAAGUCAAUCCACAAGAAAGAGUUCUCUUAAACUCCCCCCAAUCGUUCAAGUCAAACUCGGCCACUUCCACCGCCAGAGAGACAUAGUGACUCGUCACAUAAUUGAUUGUCGGCUCCUGGCAGCCUCGAUGACAUAUGAUGUGUUUUCAAUCAGUCGAUUGCGAGGCAAAUGUCGAGUUGACUACAAGCCACUGGGAGAGGACCUUGAAGAGUUAAAGAACAGUCCCGACUGUUUUUAUUUCCAUCAGGUCUAUGGAAGAUACACUCACCGCCAUUACGAUGUUAUUCCCACAGAGAAUGUCAAAAACGCCCCACCCGAAGUUGUUCAAUACCUGCGAAACAACUAUAGCUAUAUUUUCGCAGAGGGUGGCAUGGGACCCCAACUUGGCGACGAGAGAAGAGGAUGCGUAACCUGCCAGAAUUGGGCCACUGGGGCCGACUCUGUAACAUGCGCGCUCUGCAGUCGAGCGUAUCAUUUCGCCUGUCUGAAUCCACCCUUGACGCGCAAGCCAGAACGAGGCUAUACGUGGGCUUGUGCCCCUUGCUCCAAGCAACGACAGGAUCAAAUCGAGGAUAGCUUGUCUAAAGGACUUGACGCGACACCCUCGUCAGUCUCAGGGUCAGGUCGCACUUUGCGCGACAAGGGGAAGAAGAAAGAAAGUGAGCCCACAUCAUCUAACCUGUCUUGCCUAUUUCACUAUCAGGCUUUUCAACUGAUGAGUAAACUAUGA